AUGUCUGGCCCAAUCUCUACCAACAACUUCUUGACUCUCAUUCCCACCGCCCACCGGGUGGCAGUCGUCUCUGGCUCAGACUUGCAGACUCCACUUGACAGCGCCGUCGUGGCAGGAGAGUCGAUCAUCCCUACAGUUCAGAAGACCCGCCGCUCCAGUUCGACCGCGACGGCCGACUCUACCACCACCGUCGAGUCACCCACCGCAGAUGUCAACGGUCACACAUUCCUCAAGCUAGGCAACUGA